UGCUUAGUAGACGAGCCUUGAGUAUUUAGGAUAAUAAUUUAACUGCUAAAUCCUUAGAAAUUGGAUCGAGUUUAAUUUUGAAUUUAUUUUUAAGAGUUUGAUAUUAAUUUUAACUUAUAGUGCUCAUCCGCCGUGUACGAUAAUGUCUGUGGAUCCCUUCCGUUUCGAUAAAAAUGACAUAGUGCUGUGUUACCACAGAUCUAUGCUAUAUGAAGCAAAGUGCUUAAAACGACGAAUUGGACCUGACGGUGAAUUGAACUACUACAUUCAUUACAUAGGGUGGAAAACGAAAUGGGAUGAAUGGGUACACGAUGAUCGUGUUUUGUCUGUAAAUGAGUUUUCGCUUGACCACAUGAAAGCACUCCAAGACCAACACAAGUUUAAAAAACAUUUUAACAAAGGAAGAGUUGGCAGACGUAAAAAAAAUACUGAAGUAAACCAAACCACUGAUGCUCCAUCUUCGGCUACUGAAGAGUCUGAACCAUCUUCUAAUCCGGUUUUGGUUGCAUUCAGAACUGUUGGUCUAAUAGAAAAUAACAUUAAUAACUUACCUGCCAUACAAGAGUUUUUGCCUCCAUACGAUAAACAACUAAAAUUUGAUGUGCCUACAAUUCUGAAACGGCGAUUGUCCUACGACUAUAAUAUGAUAAACGUUUUUAACAAGCAAUUAAAGUUUCCAUCCAAAUUCACUGUUAUGCAUCUCAUUGAUGGUUAUAUCGGUUCCAAACAAAAAUCAACAAUAUUUGUUAGGGAAAGAGCUUUGUGUGUUGGAUCGACUUUUAUUCAAUAUUUUAAUUCACGAAUACAGACGCUGCUAUAUGCGAAAGAACGUAAUAAUGAAGUGCACAAUAAAGCUGUUGCUCUGUUAUCAGAAAAAAUAAGACUUGACAGUUUACAAUUCAAAUAUAAAAACAUUUAUUCGGAAGACUUGUGGUGUACAGUUUAUGGACCCAUUUAUUUACUAAGGCUAUGUGUUAAUUUGAAAAAAUUUCUAAGACCAAAGUUUGUGACCGAAGACAACCAGCUCUCUUCCAUUGCUGAUAGCAUAAAUGAUUUUUUCAAGUACCUAGAACAGCAACAUUCCAAAUAUUUUGCCAACGAUGACUACGAACCUGCAACUGAUACGAGCGAGACAGAAGUAUCGUUAACAUAAUCUAUUUUUCACAUCACUAAAAAUUCAUCCUCUCAAUUCUUAGUUUUCUUCCUAUUUUGAUAUAAACUAAAUUAUUUGAGCAGUGAAGUAUAAUUUUAUGUAUUUUAUAAUGUGUUCAGAAUUUAUAUUUGAAUUUUUUUCUACGUCAUCCA